AUGGGGGACAGACUUACUCAAUUACAAGAUGCUGUUGAUCAGCUAGCCCAGCAAUUCGUCGCAUGCAUUCACUAUAUCAAUCGACACCACAACCUCGAAACGCUAGGCCCCAACGAUCAAAUCAGAGAUGUAAAGCAAGAGCCUGGUCAAGAAGAGGUGGAUCCUCACCCGGAGGACGUCUUCAAAGCCGCGCAAAUAGAGCUUGCCCAAGACCUUAUUACGAAAGAGCAACAGAUCGAACUUCUCAUCUCCCUACUUCCCGGCCUCGACAACAGCGAACAGGAUCAAGAGCGCAAUAUCAAGGAGCUAGAGGAUGAGCUUAAGGUCGCUGAGGCGCAACGACAGGAAGCUAUCAAGGAGAAGGAAGAUACAAUGGCGAAAUUGGACGCAGUCAUUCGCAGCAUCAGACGCCCACACUAA